GUAGCACGCCAACAAGAACCCAUCAUGGCUUCUAUAACAGCCCCCGGCCGUCUAGGUGAUCCAGAAAUGUCUCUUGCAACAGAACCCCGCAUCCACCCCAAGCUUUUGGCGGCCUUGAAAGGCCACGGCAUACAUACACUGUCGUAUCUAUCUCCAGACAUGACGCCAGACGCACCAUUAGACACCAUAUGCUCUUUCGUGUCCAAGAACGAAGAAGCCAUCGAACGUCUCUUCGAAAACAUCGAUUACAGUGUGCCAGAAGAAACUUCAACGCCGAUCACGACAUCCGAAGAGUUUGUUCCCGGUCCAGACGGCAACAAAGUUAGGCUGAUAAUCCGCCGCCCCUCCGAAUCCCUAGGCGCUCCCCUGCCCGCAGUCCUCUACUUCCACGGCGGUGGCAUGGUCAUUCUGCGCACCGAGAAUGCCAUGCAUACCGCCUGGGCGGAAUCCCUGGCCAGAACCGGCCUCGUGGCGAUUACAGUCGACUUCCGCAACGCCCUGACCCGCACCGGCCUCAACCCAUUCCCAGCGGGUCUCAACGACUGCGCCGCGGCCGUCCGUUGGGUCGACGCGCACCGAGAGCGCCUGGGCAUCAGUAAGGUCGUUCUCCAGGGCGAGAGCGGUGGAGCCAACCUCGCACUAGCCACGGCCAUCAAGGCGAAAAGGGAGGGCUGGAUCAAGGCGAUUGAUGGCGUGUGUGCGUCGGUCCCGUACAUUAGUGGGGCGUAUGGCUUGCCGAUGGAGUGGAAGCUUCGUGAGCUGCCUAGUCUCGUUGAGUGUGAUGGGUAUCUCAUCAGUUGCGCCACCAGCGUGCUUAAUGCCAGGCUUUACGAUCCCUCGGGUGAGCAUGCAAGGGAUCCUCUCGCGUGGCCGUAUUGGGCUGCCGAAGAGGACAUGGAAGGGCUGCCCCCUCAUCUCAUUGUGACGAGCGAGCUGGAUCCGCUGAGAGACGAAGGCAAUGCUUACUACAGGAAGCUGGUCGGGGCUGGUGUGAGGGCAGUGGGGAAGAUGAAUAUGGGUGUGAUUCAUGAGGCCGAGUUGUUUUUGCCCCAGACAUUGCCGGAUUUGUUUCAUGCGAAUCUAUGGGAGUUGAAGAAGUUUAUUGAUAGUCUUUAA